AAAGAUUCCUUUGAUAUGGCUUCCAUCUUCACCUCUCUCAAAAAUGAUACCACGCUGGAAUCCCAGCACAAUCCUGGAGGUACAAAAGAACCUGAAACUCUUGGUAAGCAAAGUCAAUGAAAUCAAGUUAAAGGAAAUCAAAAGGACAAAUGACCUAAAACCAACAUUCACUUUCUGGUUACACUUAAAACCAGAGGAAAGGAAUCUGUCUGUCUUACUCCAUUCUCAACUGAAUGAUCUCAUUGGCAAAUCUGUGGGAGCUGAGAAGUUGCAGAUGGCUUUAUUGUCAGUUAGAGAUGUGAAUGAAUGCAACUCUGGAAUUGGAAUGUGUGGUGACGAGGCUGACUGCCUCAACGAAGAUGGCACUUAUUUAUGUCGCUGUAAAAAAGAGUACGAAGAUCGCUCUCCGACAAAAUCUGGCACGCUGUGCGUCCGCAUUCCACAAUCAGGUAUUGGUGGUUUGUUCAGCUACCUGGAAAUUCUAGUCGGUACUACAGUAUUCUUCAUCUUCAUCCUCGUGGUGGUGGCAAGCAGUCUGUGCGCAAUACUCAGGAAAAGAUCCACAAAGAAGGUUUGUAUUGAGGAGCCGGUUUCAAGUGGAACACCUUCAGCACAGUCUCAGCUGCCUGUAUCUUCUAUCGAUCUGAAUAACCUUGGUGACCACCUGAUCCUAGAUCCCUUCCGGCCAAAGCUCAGAGCCAAGCCCCCAGAAUGGACAUCACAAGUGCGAGCCCACCCAAAUGAGACUUAUAGAAUCUCCUUUGAGCAAUCUGAAUGUUUGUAAAGCAAACCUAUGCUGAAAGUUUUUGAGUUUUUUCUACUGAUGGCCUCUUUACCAUUCAUGAACUGAAAUGGCCUAUUCCUUUCAACAGAACUGGAACAAUCCUGGAUCUCCUACACUUGUUUCUGUUGGCUGAAGUGAACGGUGCUGUGGCUCAAAAGAUUUAUUUUGGUUCUUGGUUGGAUUCUUGACCUCUAUACUGUCUGUAGGUUUCAUAUCACUGAUUCUUUGUAACUGGAAGGAGUUGUUUCUGCAAACAGCUGGCCUGUAAAUAAAGCUGGUAUCUCACUCUGCAUGGAAAAUGUACACCUUGCGUACUAUUGGUGUUAGAUGCAAGGAGUGGGGAAGGAUGGAAGACUUCAGUUAGCAGGAAACCUGAAAGGAUUGUAGUUUUUAAGUAAGUUAAAUGCCUCUUGUUAGGCAAAUAUAUCAACUGAAAACCUGAAGUAAACUAAAGCAGUACCAGGGCAACUCUAACUGUAUGGCCCUUGGUCUUCCUGCCACCUCCUUCCUUUUUUUUUUUUCUUUCUUUCUUUCCCUUGUUACCUGGGCACUCUGCAGUCCAUCUUGCUUUCUUUGCCAUCAAAUCUAAUCUUAUGUAUACAUGUGCUAAUGUAAAACAAUUUUUUUACAUAAAGGUGGUGUCUUUAUAACAAAUGUCCCAUCUUGUCUUGCCUCUAAACUCUAGCUGUACAGAAUUCCAGCUUCAUAAUUUUAAAUGAGAACUUCAUGGAAAUGACUUUUCUGAAAAUAAUGGGAUGUUG